AUGGUUGACGACGUCAUCCGCGCCGUCGGUGAGUACCUGGGGCGAUCAUCACCGUGGCAUCAACGGUUCAUGGAGCUGCAGGAGGUCUUCAUGUCCACCAAUCUCGAGGUGCAAGGGAUCCACGAGAUGCGGUGGCUUUCAAGGGGUGCUGCAGUCGCCCGCUUUGUCGAGGUCCUUCCUGCCAUCAUGGUGAUGCUGUCAGAGUGGAAGGACCAGACGAUGUACGAGCUCGUCACGUCCUACCGGUUUCAGUUCCUGCUACGGUUCCUCGCAGACGUUCUAGAGCUCCUCAACAUCCUCUCCAAGGUUUUCCAGCAGCGGGAGCUCGACUACCCCUUGGUGCAUACGCAGAUUUUGCGCACAACGUCUCUCUUGGAGAGCCGGUACAUCGAAUGCAGAGACGACUUCGGCGGCGGCCCCAGCGAGCGGCUUUAUCGCUUCAUUGAGAAGCACAGACCGAAGGGGUCACCAGAGAUGGUGGUGGAAGGCGCGUCGUCGGAUGGGAGCCUCAACCGCUUCAAGGUCACCCUACACGAGCGUAGAGUGGCGAACUAUCUUGGGCCAGGUCAUCACGACGUGUGUGUGGCGCUCUGCGCCGACAUGGCCGAGCUCCUCGUCCAACAGCUCUAG